AUGUUCCAGAGAAGGAAAGUGGCAAUUAAAGUUCUCUUGGUGAAAAAGCAGCAUCUCGUGGAAAAUAACCUUAACACUCCUGCUAAAGAGAGUCUAAAACGAGAAGCCGAAAACCUACUACUACUAAACGCAGCACAGCAUCCAAACUUCCCUGUUUUGUUAGCAGACAACACUAAAACCUUGCCAUACCACCUCAUUACCGUAUUUGAAAAAUCAAGGGAUCUGUUGCAGUUUCUUCAGAGGUCGCGUGGGACAAAUCCUCCUCUUCAACCAGUCCAGCUCAUUAAGAUGCUAUUAGAUGUCACUGACGCUCUUCUCUUUUUAGAAGAAAAAGGUUUGGUACACCGCGCUGUAAUGGCAGCAAACGUUCUCGUGGGAGACAGUUAUAUCUGUAAAUUGAGUGGCAUGCAACACCUUCGGCAGCUUGCCAGCCAGAGUAAGAAAUGAUUGUAGCUUGGUAACUGACUAACUAGCUGACAAAUCAACUAACGAACUCAUCCCUUCCUUCAUCGCUUUCUUCCUGCCUUUCGUUGAUUUCUUCAUUCGUUCAUAUAUUUAGUCAAUUUCGAUUAUUAAAAUAAUCGAAUUUCUUUAUUCGCAGCUGCUGAAUAUUCCGAUUCACUGUACAGUUAUUGCUCGGCUGAUGACGGUUUCCCAGAUUUUGUAAACUCAGUAAAUGAGGAGGAGCUCCCGCUAAGAUGGAAAGCACCAGAAGUUCUCUCAGAAUGCCGUUUUUCUACUGCCUCCGAUGUGUGGGCCCUUGGGGUCCUAAUGUACGAGGUACUUACCUGCGGGUGUCUUCCAUACAGGCUCAUCUCGGACAGCGAGGAGUUGUGCUCACGAGUGAGUAAU